AAUGUCUUGUGAUUUCAGGCUGUACAAGGGAAUAGUGCCUCUGUGGGGACGACAAAUUCCAUACACAAUGAUGAAGUUUGCUUCAUUUGAGACCAUAGUGGAGCUGAUCUAUAAGCAUGCCAUUCCUACUCCAAAGAAUGAGUGCACCAAAAGCCUGCAACUCGGUGUCAGUUUUGCUGGUGGAUAUGUUGCUGGUGUGCUUUGUGCAAUCGUGUCUCAUCCUGCUGAUAAUCUUGUCUCUUUCCUGAACAAUGCUAAAGGAGCAACAGUUGGUGAUGCGGUGAGUAAGCUUGGUUUGUGGGGUCUCUUCACCCGUGGUCUUCCCCUCCGUAUUGUGAUGAUUGGAACUCUUACUGGUGCCCAAUGGGGAAUAUAUGAUGCUUUCAAAGUCUUUGUUGGGCUGCCAACAACGGGUGGUCCUGCUCCUGCCGCUGCUCCAGCUCCAGCUCCUGGUUCUGACCUAGCAAAGGCGUAAAAUGUCCAGUGAUGACCACUUAAUAGUUUGUUUACGAAAGUUAGAAGGCAGUGAAUAGGGACCAUAAAUAAACAGAUGACUGAAGUUGCUUGGGUGGAACUCAAGCUUCGUUGGAUAAAUAUUCUUUUCAAGUUCAGACAUUGUUUCCAUUUUAUUGUAUGAGUAUGUCAAGUUUUUGGGAGGAUGGUUUUGCUCGCAUCCUUCCCGUUUUGAGAACUUUGUAGCUAGGAAUGAUAUAAUUUAUAGCAUGUUUGGUUCGCCACAUGCCAUUGCCAACCGGGAAUACACAUUUGUUUUGUUGUCAGUGCAAUAAGCACAGACGCCUAUGCAAUGCCGAGAUUGAGAUAAUUUUUA